UUGAAAGAAUUGGGAACCAAAAGUAGAAUUAAGACACACAUUAUUAUACUUAACCAACCGCCAUUUACCAGAACACCAACAAAGUAGACGUUGCAGUAGCGCUAGCCAUAAGAUCAUCAUCACAUCACAUGAACAACCUUCACUUCAAUCUCUCUAUUUAUUAAUUAUUAUUACUUAGCUUAAUCAAUUCAAUUCGUUUCGCUUCAUGAUUCUUCUUCAAAUCAACAAUCUCCUCCAUCUCUUAUCAUUCUCCACCAAUCUCCAUUUCUAAAGCCGAAAUGUGGCACCGUUUAUCAUCUUCAAAACUCAACCUCACAACUUGUAGUUUAGGGUUAGGGUUUCUUAGUCGAUCGUUCUCGUCUCAACCAGGGAAGAGAUUCGCUGCGUUAUGGGGUAACGGCGAUUACGGUAGAUUGGGUCUCGGUGAUUUGAAUUCUCAAUGGAAACCUGCUAUUUGCACUUCCUUCCAUAACCAAAACGUUAAUUCCAUUGCUUGUGGUGGUGCUCACACACUCUUCUUAACAGACAAUGGAUGUGUUUAUGCUACUGGUCUCAACGAUUUUGGACAGCUCGGUACAUCGGAGAGUAAACAAUACUCACUUGUGCCACUUCAAGUUUUUGGGCAUGAGAAGAAAGUUGUGCAGAUAUCUGCUGGUUAUAAUCAUUCGAGUGCAAUAACGGAGGAUGGAGAACUAUACAUGUGGGGAAAGAAUACAACUGGGCAGCUUGGACUUGGAAAACGGGCUCCCAACAUAGUUCCUUUGCCAACUAAAGUGGAAUCCUUCGAUGGAAUCACCGUUAAAAUGGCAGCUCUGGGUUCUGAGCACUCGGUGGCUAUUAGUGAUGAAGGAGAGGCCUUUAGUUGGGGAACGGGAGUGUCUGGUAGACUUGGUCAUGGCCAUGAGUCAAGUAUACUGGGAUUCUUCAAAAGUUACAGUGAAUACACCCCAAGGCUUAUAAAGGAUCUUGAAGGAAUCAAGGUAAAAUAUGUAGCUGCUGGGAUGCUGACCUCAGCUUGUACUGAUGAAAAUGGUUCUGUGUUUAUAUUUGGAGAGAAAGGAAUUGACAAAUUGCUCUUGAAGGGGAUGAGGAAUGCAACAAAACCAUCAUUGAUUAGUGAACUUCCAUACGCUGAAGAAGUUGCUUGUGGUGGCUAUCAUACCUGUGUCUUGACAAAUAUUGGUGAGCUAUAUACUUGGGGUUCAAAUGAAAAUGGCUGCCUUGGCAUAGGGUCCUCAUAUGCCAUUCAUUCACCUGAAAAGGUUCAAGGGCCAUUCUUGGAGUCUUCUGUUUUUCAGGUCUCUUGUGGUUGGAAGCAUACAGCAGCCGUUUCUGGGGGAAGAGUCUUCACAUGGGGUUGGGGAGGUUCUAAUGGAACUUUCUCUGAUGAUGGACAUUCUUCAGGUGGACAAUUGGGUCAUGGAAGUGAUGUGGAUUUUAUAAAUCCUUCAAGAGUUUGCUUUGCAGAAGACGUGAAAGCAUUGCAAGUUUCAUGUGGUUUCAAUCAUACAGGUGCUAUACUCGAGUAUACGUAGGUUUGGCUGCUCCUGGAAUUCAUAAUCAUUUGUAACCUACAAAAAAAAUGGGGAAAAAUUAAUUCACGCACCCCAUGUAUCUUCUGUAGAUCACCAUAUUUGCCAAAUGUAUAACUUCCAACCCAUCCAAGAGGCUCCCGGAAAUUGCAGCAUCCCUUAAAGUGAGGGCAAGGCAUAAUAUUAUCCAUUGUUGUAUUUUUAUCAGUCUUUCCACAGAAAAAUAAAAUCAUACAUAUAAAUAUAUAUUUACAAAUAAAUCUACCUUGAUGUACAAAACUUCUGUAAAAAAAACUACUUCAAAUGAUGCUAGAGAUAAAGAUACAUUGUGUUUUUGUUA